AUGAAGCAACAGAUCAACUGCUACGAAGUUGACGGGGUGACUGUGAAGAAGACCUUGGACCUUCCUGAGGUUUUCUCUGUGCCUGUGAGGCAAGAUCUCGUACUGAAGACCUACUCUUUGUACAGGAUGAAGACCCGACAGCCAUAUGCGGUGUCGAAGUAUGCAGGUAUGCAGCACUCUGCAGAGUCGUGGGGAACUGGAAGAGCGAUUGCCCGUGUGCCUCGGGUGAAGGGAGGAGGAACAAGAAGGGCAGGACAGGGAGCGUUUGCAAACUUCUGCCGUAAGGGAAGGAUGGCACAUCCCACGAAGACUCACAGGAGAUGGGCCAGGAAGGUUGUGGAGAACACCAAGAGGAUAGCUGAAGCGAUGGCGGUUGCAGCAUCUGCACAGACAUCUCUUGUUGAGGCAAGGGGACACAGGAUAUCUGGUGUGAAGAUGCUUCCGAUUAUUGUUUCCGACGGCAUUAGAGAUGUCAAGAAGACCAAGGAUGCACUGCAGAUUCUCAAGGACUUGAACAUGAAGGAGGAAUUGAAGAGAGUGGAGAACAGCAGAGGGAUCCGCUGUGGUAAGGGAAAGAUGAGGAACAGAAGAUACACACAGAGGAAAGGGAUACUAAUUGUCCAUGGAGAGUCUUCUGAGCUGCUUGCAUUCAGAAACAUCCGUGGUGUUGACCAGAUGAGCAUUGAUAACUUGGAUCUCCUUGAGCUUGCACCUGGAGGAAUGCCUGGAAGGCUUAUUAUUUGGACGGAAAGUGCAUUUGAGAAGCUGGACAAGAUCUUUGGAGGAGUUGAGAGGGAGGCAGAGCUUACACCUGGAUUCAAGCUUCCGAACAAGAUUGUGACCCACGAUGACCUUGAAGAACUGUUCUACAGUGACGCUGUGCAGUCGAUUCUCGAUGAGCCUCUGUUUGUAGGAAGAACGGAGCUUAAGCUAAGUGACGAGGAGAUGGAGGAGAGGCUGAGGUUCAUUAAGAAGUUCGAUGCAUCUGCAAUAAGAUCUACUAAUUAA